AUGGAAGUGGUGUGGAAAGAAGCAUUCCCUCCCGACAACACAGUCAACUUGAGGGCAUCGCGGGUACCGUCGAUCAUUGCAUGUAACACGGUUCUCCUGGUCAUCGCGACCGGUGGAUUGCUGGUCCGUCUGUUUGUGAGAAUCCGAUAUCUCACGGGCCUCAGUCUCGACGAUCUACUAUGUGCCAUCAGCUGGGUCUUUACCUUUGUCCUGUGUUUUGUGUGUAUCUGGAUGACCCGAUAUGGCUAUGGAAGGCACAUUGAGACGGUGCCCGACAUGGAGACCCGUGAGAUGUUCCUCAAGCUGGAUUUCGUCAGUAUGAUCGCCUACCUUCUUGCCCUCGGCUUCAUUAAAGCCUCCUUCUGCCUCCUUUACCUGCAGAUCUUCCCCGGGAAAGGGUUCCGUAUCGCUUGUUGGAGUCUAUUGGCGCUUGUUGUGGGUGAAACCAUCGAAGAGACUUUCGUCGUGAUCUUUCAGUGCUCGCCCAUCCACAAAGCAUGGGACGCCGGCGGUAUGGUCCAGGGCAAAUGCCUAUCUCUCACGGCCUUCUACUACAUCUCUUUUGGGAUCCGUCUGGCUACCGACCUGGCGCUUUUUGCCCUUCCAAUCCCUAAACUGGUGCGGUUGAACAUGACGAUGGGUAAACGAGCCGGGCUGGUGAUGAUGUUCGGUCUGGGUGUCUUGAUCUCCCUGACGAGUAUUAUCCGUGCGACCUACAUCAGCAACUUUUCCGAUGAUCACACUUGGACGCUAGUCAACACGCUCAACUGGUCCAGUGUAGAAGUCGCCGUCGCUAUCUUUGUCGCCUGCAUUCCCUCCUUCAAAUCGCUUAUCACCUUCCGCUUCCCAGAACUGCAACGGCUGCUCGGGUUUUCCAGCAAGAGCGACUCCACUGGCCGGUCGAGGAUAUACGGCACGUCGACUCGUCGGACCAACAAUGGGCGCUCCAUCAUGGGGCAUCAUAGUAUCAAGCUGAAUGCCAUAAAUACUGUGACAGCACAGAGCCAAGUGGAUGUCGAAGCGAGUCGCAACGGCUCGGAAGAGCGCAUCAUCCCUACCAACUCCGGCAUCCACGUCACCACCGACGUGAGCGUGAAUGAGAGUGAUUGACGAGUUGGUCCUGCCUUUUUUCCUAUGUCCAUAGCCAACGUUCCCUACUUCCCUAUCGACUAUGAUUCAAUAUAUAUCUUGUCCGCCCUGCCUGAUGCGAUGUCUAUGCUUGCAAAAUCCCCGAUUCAGCUCACGCACA